AUGCUUCGAAUCAAGCAAGAUUCUGUCUUUUCUACACAACAGCCACAACAACAAUAUGUGCCCUUAAAACAAGUCAGUGUCGAAGCACACAUUAGAUCAUUUGCUGCAGAUGCCACCAUCAAACAAGUUUUUCGAAAUGAUGAAACAAAACCAAUUGAAGCAGUGUAUUGUUUUCCAAUAGAAGAACAAGCAGCCAUCUAUUCAUUUAUUGCUCGAAUUGAUGAUCGAGAAAUUAUUGCACAAUUAAAAGAAAAAAAGGAAGCACAAAAAGAAUAUAGCGAUGCUCUUGAACAAGGACAUGGUGCAUAUUUACUUGAACAAGAUGAAAAAUCUCAAGAUAAUUUUAUAAUUAAUGUUGGUGCACUACCAGCUGGUAAAGAAUGUCAUAUCUCUAUAUCGUAUGUCUCUGAGCUAGAUCUUGUUGAAAAUGGAAGUCGUAUUCGAUUUGUUGUUCCAACAACUAUUGCACCUCGAUACAAUCCAAACAAAGGUGGUAUCAGUUCACCGGCUGGUACAACAUCAAAAUAUGUUCAAACAGCUCCAUACACAAUUGAAUUUCGUUGCCAAGUGGAGAAAACUAACAUCUCUCGAGUUAGUUCGGCAUCUCAUCCUAUCCAAAUUCAACUCGGUCAAGAGAAUGUCUAUGUCAUCGAAUUUGCCCAAAAAAAUACACAUUUAGAUCGAGAUAUCUUGCUAGAUAUUGAGUUAAAUAGCAAUCGUUCAAAUACCAUUGUUGCAGUGGAACCAGGUGCUGUUAUGGCUUCAUUUACACCAAAUGCAGAAGAUUGUCAACGUGUGAUGAACAAUGUAGAGACGACUAAUGAGUUUAUUUUUGUUAUCGACUGUAGUGGAUCGAUGAGUGAUGAAAAUAAGAUUGGAUUGGCACGUGAAGCUAUGUUACUCUUUCUCAAGAGCCUUCCACUUAAUUGUCACUUUAAUAUCAUUCGAUUCGGAUCAACUCAUCAAGCAUUAUUCAAUGAGAUUACUGCCAUUUACAAUGAACAAAAUGCUCAAAAAGCUGAACAGCUCACCAAUCAGUUGCAAGCAGAUUUGAGUGGUACUGAAUUGUUAAAACCACUUCAAUGGAUAGAACAACAUCCUCCAGGACAAGGUCGUGCGCGACAAAUAUUUCUGUUGACAGAUGGAGAAAUUUCCAAUGUCAACGAAGUACUCGAUCUAUGUCGUUCAAUGGCUACUUCUACACGUAUCUUUUCAUUUGGUUUGGGUCAUUCUCCAAGUCGUUCACUUGUCAAAGGACUUGCUCGAACAACAAAUGGACGUUUUGUUUUUAUUCCACCUAACACUAGUGUCGAUAUUCAUGUUGGUGAACAAUUACAAAAAGCUCUGCAAUCUUGUAUAACUAAUAUACAAGUGAAAUGGAAUUUAGAUGCUCAUGUGAUGAGUGCACCAACAAAAAUACCACCAGUUUAUGCUAAUGAUCGUCUGAUUGUCUAUGCAGUUGCCAAUGAAUCAACGUUUGUUUUUGGUCACAAUUCCAGUGUUGAAUUAUGUAAUGAUAGAAGUCGAUUAGGCGAUGCAAAAAUUGAUUGCAUUCCAAACGUCAGUAUGAAUGGAACGAUUGCUCGACUUGCUGCUAAAGCACUUAUUCUCGAAUUGCAACAUUCGAAAUUACCUUCCUCGGCUAUGAAGAAAAAUUCAGGUUCACUACAAAGUCGAUUUCAAGAUGAUCGCCCAUCACCAAUACCAGCAACGACGAUUGACGAGAAAGAAGUGACAAAGAGAUCUAUUAUUGAACUUUCACUCAAGUAUCAGAUUCUGAGUCCACAUACUGCUUUUAUCGGUGUCGAAAAACGAGUGAAUGGCAGCAAUGUCGAUAUGGUCUUGCGCGAAGUACCGAUUCAAAUAUCAAAGGAUGAUCAACACUUACAGACACCUCGUUUUAUGAGUCUCUGUGCGAACAGGAUGUCAACUAGUGCGAUGUCAUUUCAUGGAAUGCCAGUACAAACAAAGAUGCGGUCUAGCACGGCAGGUUCGAUUCGAAACUAUGUGAUGAAUUAUUGUGCUUCGGCAUCAAUACGUCAAGGAGCUUCAAUUUCAGAGCAAUUUGAUGAUGAUCUUGAACGUCUUGAUGGCAAUGUAGUGCAUAGGGCAUCAUCGUCGAGCACUAGCAGCGGAAUUGUUUCUAGUAUUACUUCACAUCUGUCGGAUUUGUUUCAUAAAGGAGAAGAUAAAACAUGGCCUACAGGCGAUCAAAAUAUUGUUCGCUACUUGAUUAACAAACAAAAGUUUGAUGGUUUAUGGGAUUUGGAUGCGAAAGAUAUCGAACAUUUGACUGGGAAACCAUUGGCAAGCUUUCCAUCAUCCAAUAAUAAACAAGUUCUCAUUUCAGCGAUUGUUAUUAUUGCAUUUGAAACUCGCUUUGUGGCAUUGUCAGCAAUGUGGCAUGGUGUAGUACAAAAAGCUCGCAAUCGUCUUCUCGAUUUACUUGACAAAGAUGUCAAACAACUUGAAUUGUUAUUGAAGAACAUUCGUCAACAAUUGUGA